AUGGCCACGACUGGAGUGGUAGUCACCGUCCAGGUAUCACGAGAGUACGGUUGGGACUAUUUUGGGUCUGAUCAGGAAAGCCACAGGCUUAGGACAAAUAUCACCGUUAGAGAACCCCAUGAUGUGGAUUAUCACAAACCAUAA